GUCUCCGUUUUAAGAGCUUGCGUGGUUCGGUGCCGGAAAGUCCACCCGUCGGCAGAACCCGGGCCUGCGAACUAUGGUAGGGAGAUCGCGGCGGCGCGGAGCCGCCAAGUGGGCGGCGGUGCGCGCCCAGGCGGGUGGCGAUGCAGCAGGGGAGCCACCUGCGGACGACUCGGACUCGCCGCCCUCGCCCGGCGACUCCAGCUACUACCAGGACACGGUGGACGAGUUCCACGAGGCGCGAUCUCGGGCCGUGUUGGCCAAGGGCUGGAGCGAGAUGGAGAGCGGAGACGAGGAAGACGGCGAUGAUGAUGAGGAGGAGGUCUUGGCCUUAGAUGUGGCCGACGAGGACGAGGAGGAGGAGGAAGAGAGUGGCGGAGAGGAGGAGGACGAGGAUGAUGAUGGAGACUCCGUGCAGAGCGAGACCGACGCCUCCGUGGAUCCCAGCUUGUCGUGGGGCCAGAAGAAAAGGCUGUACUACGACACCGACUAUGGCCGUAAGUCCCGAGGCAAGCAGAGUCAACAAGAGCUAGAGGAGGAGGAGAAAGAGGAGGAAGAGGAGGCCCAGCUCAUCCAGAGGCGCCUGGCCCAGUCCCUCCAGGAGGACGAUUUUGGGGUCAGCUGGGUCGAGGCCUUUGCAAAAUCCGUGCCCCGGGUAGAGGAGGCCGAGACUGAGACCCGUGUCGUCAAGGAUUUGGCGAAAGUUUCCGCGAAGGAGAAGCUGAAGAUGCUGCAGAAGGAAUCGCCCGAGCUCUUGGAGCUGAUAGAAGACCUGAAAGUUAAGCUGACCGAGGUGAAAGAUGAACUAGAGCCCUUGCUGCAGUUGGUGGAGCAAGGGGUCAUCCCCCCUGGGAAAGGCAGCCAGUACCUGAGGACCAAGUAUAACCUCUACUUGAACUACUGCUCCAACAUCAGUUUUUACUUGAUCCUGAAAGCCAGGCGAACCCCUGCCCAUGGACACCCUGUCAUUGAGAGACUUGUUACCUACCGUAAUUUGAUCAAUAAGCUGUCCCUUGUGGAUCAAAAACUUGCUGCUGAGGUUCGUCAUCUGCUCACUUUUAAGGAUGAUCCCGAAAAGCUUCGACUGAACCUAAAAGCCAAAUCAACCAGGAUCAAGACAAAAUCUGCUUCAGGGACCGGUCCUACCGCCGCCACCACGAAUAAUUCUGAUGAUUCCGACUUUGAUGAAGAAGCUGCACUGAAAUACUACAAAGAAAUGGAAGAGAGGCAAACAUUGAAGAGGAAGAAAGAAGACAGUCCUGAAGAAAAGGCUGCAGAAGAUCAAAAUGCAAAGAGAGCCAUUACUUAUCAGAUUGCCAAAAAUAGAGGGCUUACACCCCGGAGAAAGAAGAUUGAUAGAAACCCAAGAGUCAAACACCGGGAGAAGUUCAGGCGAGCAAAAAUCCGAAGAAGAGGCCAGGUUCGUGAAGUUCGCAGAGAAGAGCAGCGGUACAGCGGUGAACUCUCUGGCAUUCGAGCAGGGGUUAAAAAGAGCAUUAAACUUAAAUAGUUUUGCUUACCUUAAAGUCUUUGGCGAUGUUUUUAGAUUAAUAAAUUAUUCGUGGUUAUUUGUUUA